AUGACCAACCUGGACGAAGGGGUGGAGUUCCUCCCUGCCAUGAACUCCAAGAAGAUGGAGAAGCGCGGCCCGAGGCGGCGGGUGGUCGUCCCCGUCACCAUCGUUGUGUUCCUGCUCAUCUCCCUCGUCACAGGCCUCCUGGUUUGGCACUUCAAAUACAGGAAUGCCCUUGUCCAGAAGGUUUUCAACGGCCACUUGCGGGUUUUGAACUGUGACUUCCUUGAUGCUUAUGAGAACUCCAGCUCACCUGAGUUCCUCAUGCUGGCCAAGAAGGUGAAGAGCACGGUGGAGGAGAUCUACCAGAAUCAUGCAGCUAUUGGCCCUUACCACAAAGAGACAGUGAUAACUGCCUUCAGUGAGGGCAGUGUCAUUGCCUACUACUGGUCGGAGUUCCUGGUCCCCAAGUACCGGGAGGAGAGCCUGGACAGGGCCAUGUCAGACCAGCAGAGCCUGGUGCAGAGGUGGAACCCCCGCCUGCGCAACCCCCAGCUGAAGGUGGAGUCGGUCAUUGCCUUCCCUGCUGACCCCAGCAUCGCCUACUCCACCCGGGACUAUAGCUGCGUGUUUGCCCUCCAUGCCAAGGAAGGGGAGGUCACCAGCUUCACCACACCAGGCUUCCCCAACAGCCCCUACCCCAACAAUGCACUCUGCUACUGGACACUGAGGGCAGAUGCCAACUCCAUCAUCAGCCUGACCUUCAAGACGCUGGAGCUGGAGCAGUGCAGAGAUGACAGUGACUACAUCAAGGUGUACAACUCCCUGAGCCCCGUGGAGCCCCACGCUCUGGUCAGGCUCUGUGGCAAUUAUGCUCCUUCCUACAACCUGACCUUCUUGUCCUCCCAGAAUGUCAUGUUGGUCACCUUGGUUACCAACAAGGAGGGGAGAUUCCCAGGCUUUAAGGCUGAGUUCUUCCAGCUCCCAAAGGUGACAGUCUGUGGUGGGACCCUGAAAGGAGAGAGUGGCACCUUCACCACUCCCUUCUACCCAGCACACUACCCCCCACUGAUGUACUGUGUUUGGAACAUCGAGGUUCCCUCUAAGAAGAACGUGAAGGUGCGUUUCAACAUGUUCUUCGUGCUGGAGCCUGGGAUCCCAGUCAGCUCCUGCACCAAGGACUAUGUGCAGAUCAACAGCACCAGAUACUGUGGGGAGCGUUCCCAGUUUGUGGUGGCCAGUUCUACCAACAAAAUGGAGGUCAGGUUCUUCUCAGACCAGUCCUACACAGACACUGGCUUCUCUGCCGAGUACCUCUCCUAUGACUCCAGCGAUCCCUGCCCUGGCAAGUUCACCUGCAACACGGGCCGCUGCAUCGACAGCAGCAUGCGCUGCGACGGGUGGCUGGACUGCGUGGAUGGCAGCGACGAGAGGUCCUGCACCUGCAGAGACCAGCAGUUCCAGUGCCAGAAUGGCUGGUGCAAGCCCAAGUUCUGGGUCUGCGACAAUGUGAACGACUGUGGGGACAACAGUGACGAGCUGCAGUGCAGCUGUGCAGCCGACAGCUUCAAGUGCAACAACGGGAAGUGCAUCCCCAGCGCCCAGCAGUGCGACGGCCGGGACAGCUGCGGGGACGGGAGCGACGAGGGCACCUCCCACGACGCCGCACAGGCAGUGCCCUGCACGGAGCACACCUACAAGUGCCGUGACGGGCGCUGCAUCAGCAAACAGAACCCGGAGUGCGACGGGGAGCAGGACUGUGUGGACAACUCGGACGAGGACAACUGCAACUGUGGGAUCCGUUCCUACAUCAGGAAGUCGCGGAUCGUCGGCGGGCAGAACUCGGACGUGGGCGAGUGGCCCUGGCAGGUCAGCCUGCACGUCAAGGGCCAGGGCCACAUCUGCGGGGCCUCGCUGAUCUCCGAGAGCUGGCUGGUGUCAGCAGCACACUGCUUCCUGCAGCUGCAGGGCAUCAGGUACUCAGAGCCCAGCCUGUGGACAGCCUACCUGGGCCUGACCGACCAGGGCCAGCGCGACGGCCCCAACGUGCAGACGCGCAAGAUCAAGCGCAUCAUCUCCCACCCCUACUUCAAUGACUACACCUACGACUACGACAUCGCUGUCAUGGAGCUGCAGGCCCCCGUCACCUUCUCCUCUGUUGUGCAGCCCAUCUGCCUGCCCGACACCACCCAUAGCUUCCCCGUGGGCAAGGACCUGUGGGUGACGGGGUGGGGAGCGACCGUGGAAGGAGGCAGCGGAGCCUCCAUCCUGCAGAAGGCAGAAAUCCGGCUCAUCAACCAGACAGUGUGUAACGAGCUGCUGACAGACCAGCUGACCCCGCGGAUGAUGUGCGUGGGGAUCCUGACCGGCGGCGUGGACGCCUGCCAGGGAGACUCGGGGGGCCCCCUGAUCAGCGUGGAGCCCAGCGGGCGGAUGUUCCUGGCCGGGGUGGUGAGUUGGGGCGACGGCUGCGCCCAGAGGAACAAGCCCGGGGUCUACAGCCGCCUCACCAGCCUGCGGCCCUGGGUCAGGCAGCAGACGGGCGUGUAG